AUGAAGGUGUCCCUUCCAAUGUUCGCGUACUGCCUUAUUCAAGUAUUUGCCUUCGUUUCUCAUGCUGCUAGUUUAACUGCUCUAAACGAAACACAACUUCUACUCUCAAGAACUUUAUCUUCCAUUAACUCAGCAUUGACUUUUUUCAACAAAGAAUAUGAAAAUGUCAACUUGGACACCGUUAUCGGGACACGGAUACUUGAAGGUCAGUUCAAGGUUUUACUGGACAUGAUUGGACGCUCCCCCGGGGAAUGGCAGGUGGAUAGCCACACCCUGAUGGAAAUUCAGCGAUUACAACGGACAGCUGGUAAAAUCAGCGACAAAGCAAUACCUUAUAUUGCGACGCUAACACCACGCUAUUUUUAUAAGAUUGGUAUGAUGCUCCAGAAGGGAUUCUGGGAACUAGACUACAACAGUAAGAGUUUUGACGACAGUAUGACACUGUGGCCAUACAAAGCAGGCGAGGCUCUACACGAGGAGGACUCGGACAAUUGUAUAGCGGAGUUCUUCGGCACGGGGAAGCGUACCAAGAACACGUGUGUCAUCUCCAGAAGGUGCUGGGAAUCCAUGACGUCACCUCUUUACAAUGGGUACUCUCUAUCACACGAAAUAUUCUACUUACAAAUAGGAAGACAGUUUGGUUGUGGGGCUGAAAUGGAAAUGAUGCGCUUGGCAGCAGGUCAGGAAUCCAUAGAGAAAAUGCAGGACGAUUUUUGCGCCAACAUGAUGAAUGAGGCCACUAUUAUCGCAAAGGAGGGAUUCCCUGAACGAAAACAGGAUCUCUUCAUGGAACAAGCGGCAUUAUGUGGAAUGCUGGGAUACAGACAAUUCUUUACCUCUGAUUGGCUGGAAAAUAUCUUGAGUUGGCAAGACCACAAAACUGGGUGUUACAAGGGGAACCCAGUAAGGGAGACAGAUGUCGAAUACCGUGGGACAAAGCCUCGCAUUCGGAACAAGCGAGAAGAACGUCUUCUGGAUCACGGAUGUCUCUGUCACCGGACCACUGUGGCUGUGGCCGCUCUCGGCCAGUACAUCCGAUACAUGUUGGAGUUCGCCGCCUUCGAGAGAGAUAUGGACAACUGA